AUGGCCAGUGGAGCGAUAACCACCAAGGUGCUUGAUAACACGCUCGGCGCAGCUUUCCUAGGCCAUUCUGCAGAAACGGCCCUCUUUGGGGUGACCACUGUGCAAUGCAUCCUGUAUUACAAACGGAAUGGCAAAGACAGUCCAAAGCUGAAGUCUUUGAUUGGGAUGCUAUGGUUCAUGGAUAGCUUGCACCUCGCCUUGACCACCCAUGCCAUGUAUUUCUACCUGAUCAACAAUUACGACAACCCGAGCGCUUUGAAGUUUCCAGUCUGGAGUAUCUGCGCACAAUGCUCUGUGACGGCCGCGACAGAGUUACUGAUUCGAGGCGUCUUCGCAAAACGAAUUUGGACGUUGAGUGACAGAAACUUCGCUCUCGUCUGCACUUUGGGCGGGGUGUCCAUCUUUGCAUUCGGUGCUGCCGUUGCUUACGUUGUCGAAGCUUGCGAUGUCGGGACAUUCGAGAAGGUGGCCGAUCUAUCGUGGAUCAUCGUUGCCAGUCUGGCUUCGGGGAUGUUUGCGGAUCUUCUCAUCGCCGGCUCUCUGGUCUUUCUGCUGUGGAAACUGCGCACCGGAUUUAGCAGCUCCGUUGUGUCCUUGAUCAUUAUCUACAGCAUCAACACGGGGGUAUUGACCACGAUCUGCGCGAUCUUGGUCAUCAUCACAUACGUUACCAUGCCCUCGAGCUUCGUUUGGCUGGCGUUCUACUUCGUGCUCGGCAAACUCAAUCUCAACUGCCUCCUCGCGGGAUUGAACUCUCGGUCGAUAUUCCGUGACAGGGCGGGCGGCGUGAGGCAGGUUGCGCUCAGUGAUUUGUCGCAUGCGGUGUCGGAGGGCACGGCGGUGAAUUCGAGCACGGUCAGGAGCCCCCGUAGCGAGAAAUUCCCUAUCGCGAGGCCGCAAACGCCGGUGGAGGGCAUCGUGGACCAGACAGACGAUAAGCCUCCAUUCGAGAGCCAGCAUUACUUCGAAGCUGUAUGA